CAGUUCGACUAUAGAGUGUGAAUUAGCAACAGCUCUUGUAUCUUUCGAAUAAUUGUUGACUGAGCAUUAAUUUAAUAUAAUAACAAUUACAUUUAUUUCAAUGAAUUAAUGGUUACAACCAUUUUUGUCAUGUUUUAACAGCGACUUAUUUAAAAAAUGUAGUUUAUCUACACAUGUUGUACAUCUUAUAAAAUUCCAAGAUGUCUGAGUGUUCUUUUUGUGAAAUUGUUCUGUGUUUUUAUUGUUGUUUUGUUCAUUAACUAUAAAGUGACUUAAAAAAUUUGCAAAAAUGGAAACAAUAUCUGAAAAAAAAACGAUCGAAGAUUUUACUUUGGAUGUAUCUACUGAACCUGAACGAGCAUCAUCAAAUUCUGAUUCAGAUACAACAAACUUUACUAUUACUGAAAUGGGAUCUAUGGAAAUAUCAUUGGAAGAGGAAGAAAAAUAUGGUUUAAAAACUUGUUUGGUUGAACUAGAACGAUGUGAUAAAAUUUGGGAAACAAUCCAAUUAAUCAGGCAUUUGCAGGAUGAUCCUAAUCUAGAAAGUUGCAUUGAAAAUAACGAAAAUUUAAUUGAAGAAAAAUCAUUGCUCAAUCUGUUGGAACCAUCUACUAAUGAUGUAGAAACUAAUAAUGUAGAAAUUAACGAUGAAGAGAUCAAUAAGGAAGAAAGAAAUGAAGCAGAGAAUGAUCCAUCAGAAACAACUAAUACUAUGUUGCCUUACAUCAAAUAUCAACCAGUAUUAAAUAAUGGAAAUGCAGCAUUACCUAAUUUUCAAUUUUCUGUUAAGCGAACACGAAUUCUCUAUCCUUGUCAUAUAUGUGGUAGACAAUAUAGCCAUACCAGAUCAUUAAGAGAACAUUCUGAAAAAGUGCAUAAAAUUAGAAUUCCGCGUGUUCGUAAAAAGAAUGAAAAUGGUAUUGAUAGUAAAAAUAUCAUAAAAUCUGAACCAAAUGAUGCAGAAUAUUCAAAUGAAAAUGAAAGUAAUCCAGUAGAACCAACAAAUGAUAGUAAUGGUUCACAAAACUCCGCAGACGACGAUGAAUCAUCUAAUAAUCAAAGUGAAGUUCGUUAUAAUUGUGAAAAAAUCAUUGAUUCUAAUGUGCGAAUGUUUUCAUGCCCUUUUUGUGAUAAAUCAUACAAAGAUAAAUACACAUUGAAUAAACAUCUUAAAAAAAUACAUGGAAAACAGAUUGGAUUAACUCGAGCUUACAACCGCAAACAAGCAUCAAUGACUUCUGAAAAUGUUUCUUGUAAGAUUCGUCGAGUAAAACAAUCUCGAAGCUUGGACAUUCAUAGAUGUAAAACAUGUGGAAAACAUUUCUAUGGUGCUAAAAACUUCCGCCAACAUUGUCGAAAAGUACAUGGAAUAUAUGUACGUAAGAACGUCAAUUUAUCUGACCAUCAUAAACCACAGAAUAUGGCAAAAUUAGAUAAAAAUUUGGCACAGACAAACCAUUCAAUGAUUAAUACUGAUUUUAAAAUGACUAAAAAUAAUACAUCUAUUGCAGCGAGUCGUAAGCCUAUUCGAAGAUGUCCAGUUUGUAAUAAAUUAUAUCGAGAUCAUUUUGCUUGGAAAAAUCAUUGUAAGAAAGAGCAUGGAGUAACGAUUCAAUUUAUUGGCUCAUUUCCAACAGAAUUAGGAUACAAUAACUUUGAUUGUAAAACUUGCAAUAAAAAAUUUUAUAAAGCACGUGAAAUAAUACAACAUUAUAAAGUUGCGCAUCAUCAACGUCUUCGAUACAAAUGUGAAAUGUGUAAGGCAUUAUUUUAUGAUAUUAAAAGUCUUACUCGACAUUCAUCAAAUAUGCACAAACUUAUUUUAUUAUUACGCCGGAACCCAAAAGGAAAGGUAACUUGUGAAGUAUGUGGUAUUUCUUGUGUUAAUAGAAGUGAUUUAGACUUUCAUAAAAAAGAAGAACAUCCAAAUAACCGCUCAUCUGGAAAGUUAAAAAUACAAAAAUUAUUUGAGCAAAGAAAACUAAAAUCUACAUCUUCUCGAAGAAAACAGUAUGGGAAAAACAAUAUCAAUUGUGAAACCACUUUUUCAAAUUCGGUAAGUGCUAAUCAGCUUUCAAAGAAUUCACAAUCUUCUGAAAAUACUUCUAGCGAUAUUGUCUACAUGACUAAUUGCAUAUUAUGUGAAAACCGCAAAUUUAAACACAUUCGUAAGCAUUUUAUGGAGUAUCAUAAAGUACGUAAUCCAGAAGCAUUGAUUGCUCAGUGUUCGAAAACACCAAUAGAACCAGUUGUCUCCACGCUCAACUCCAAUAAUGUUCAUGAUAAUGUUGAAGAUAUUAAACAGAAUACAAAUAAUACUUUAACAAAUUCAAAAUCUAAUAAAUCUCAAAAAACACAAUGGCGAAAUCGUAGAUGCAUUGGUCCAGAACGUUUCUUUUUGAGAAUAUCACAACCUCACGAAAAAAAAUUCUAUGCCUGUAAAUAUUGUUCAUUUUCUUCCAAUAAUUACGAUGCAAUGCGGAGUGAUGAAAAAAGACACAAACGUGAAGGCAUUACUUCAGAAACAAAACCAUUAUAUGAUCAUGUAAAUAGUAGUGUAACUAAUAGCAGUUCAUCAUUUAUUUUAAAUAGAAAACGAAAAUGUGAAUCGAUUGAUAAUAGAAAUACUCGCCGUCGUAAACUCUCACCUUCACUUAAUCAAAUUCGUACGACACGUGCGAGUACAAAAAUAAAAGAAGAAUAUUAUCAUAUAUGUUCACUGUGUGGCAGAACUUUCCGCAGUACAGAAAUAUUAAAAUCUCAUAAAGUUUCAUGCAUAGCUCGCCUAAAUCAACAGUCUGGAAGUGAAACGAGUGAUACUCGAGCAAGCAGUGAUAGAGAUUCUGGAAUUGGAAUAAGUAUUACAAUAAAAAAAAAGAAUGAUUCAUAUGAAAUCGUAAAUCGAGAUAAUAAUGAUGAUAAAUUCAAUAAUCAAAUUGAACUUAACAAAGAACAAAAUCAUUCAUUACCUGAAAAUUCAGCGAGCCUUUUACUAGCUACUUCAAAAAAUUUAAGUGAACGAUCUGAUGAAUCUUUUGAAUAUAGUAAACAUCAUAAAUUCGUAAAAAUACAACAAGCUGAAGAUUCUGAUGUAGAUAUUUGUUCUGAUCUGGAAAAUCAAAAUAAUGUAAAUUUUAAUAAUCAAGAAAAUAGUGUUAAUGAAAAUUGUAGUUCUGAAAUCAACAACAAAAAAACGGAUGUCAGUAACAAUGAUUAUCAAGUUCCUUCAUUGAAAAUCUUGUGUCAAAAAGCAUUAGUUAAGCGAAUUGAAGAAAAAAAUAAACCAAUUUAUAAGUGUCCUAGUUGUUCAAAAGUAUGGCCAUCGAUGAACUCGUUGUGUGCUCAUAAAAAAGUUCAUAUGAGGUAUAGAAAAUAAAUAUCUCUAAAUUCAUACUUAGCUGAAUUAUAAAAAAAUUGUCCUAAUUCAGAAAACAUGAGUGUGUAUGUUCUAUAUAUAUAUAUAUAUUUAUAUAUAGUAUUAUUUGUUAAAAUUAAUUUUUUGGUGAUUGCAUUAUCCAUUUUGCAUAUUUAGUGAUCAGAAUAAUCAUGUAUGCAAGUAAACAAAUUUGAUAAAAUUUGUAAAGAUAAUAUUGUAUAAAAUAUUAGACGUAUAAUUUAUUUGCUUUAUAAUCGUGAAAUAUUAAUUUUCAAAAAUAUUGAAUUCUACUCUUACUAUCAAUGUCACUCUAUUA